AUGGAAGACAUUCAACCGACCGCAAAAUGGGCUAAUCGCAUGCUGCGCCCCUUGACCUCCAUCUAUCAUCGCUUAGAGAAACACCACGAAAUCCAGACCAGCGUCAAGGAAAGAUCUGAAUCCCGCGAAGCCACUGCCACACAGCCACCGUCAAAGCCCUCCGGAGUCGAACAAGGCUGCUCUUUUUCGGACGAAGAACCGGGCGACCCGGCCUGGAUUCCCGGGAAGCCAGAAAAACGACGGCUACGACAUAAUUAUUCAACUCGGGGACAACGAGGAAAUGCGGCCCGACGGCGCAGUCGAUUAUCAAUUGCCAGCCCCGAAUUACCAAAAACUCUCCCUGGCGCGAUCGAGAUUGCGACACCCUUGAUCACUGGUAGAGCACGGGGGCCGUCGGAACCAUCAUCGUUCAGAAAACAGUUAUUCCGAAAUGUCGUACCCCCUACAGGCCUGGCCGUGUCGACCGAAAACCGAAAACCGACACGAACAAACCACUCCAAUUUCCCCGCUUACCAAGGCUCGUGGAAGCAGGUUCUCGAUUUAUCCGGAGACGCGGGAUUCGUCGAUAUAGCGCAUUUCCUAGACCGUGCAUUUAUUAAACUGUUGAAUAGAACUCAAGUGAAGGAGCAAGCUCGGGGGACUCGGUCAUUGUUGUCAAUGGCCGUGCGACGUCUCCCGGUUUUUAUUGCAGAGGAACAGAGAUUACAGGACGAGUUGGACGAAGAUGGUGACGUGGAUAUGUGCGAUGCCUACUUCACAGAAUUAGAGGCACAUUAUGCUCCGAUGGGAUCAGGAUGGCAGCCACUCCGUGAAGCUGUGCGCGCUCGGGGUAUUCACCUUGUCUCCGAGAUGAUACAGAAAGGAUGGAUUACCAGGUUGGCUGCUUGUCGACUAAUGAAGGAGUGUAUGGCGCAGGGUGAAUUUGAUGCUUUUGAAUCACUCAUGUCCAAAAUUCUGGUAACCCUUGGAAAAUAUGAAUACCCAGUCGUUUUUGAUUUACCCAAGCCUUCGGGUCAUUGUGACGACCCAGUCUAUACCCUAUGCACUUACUACAGACGGUCGACAGAGAGGCGAUCAUUUGUUUUUGAUGAGUUGUCUAAACUUCUUCUCCGUCGGGUGCUGCCUCCCGAGUGGAUGGUCACCACCACCUGGAAAAAAUGUAUAGACGGGGCAAUCCAAUCGCUAUCCACCGAGGAUGGAGACUCUGCGGCUGCCACGCGGCUACUACAAGCCGUCGUCCUUACGGCUGGUGCAAUCUACCCGGCGACCGAUGCGCUGUUUUCUACAAUGGAUUGUGAAACUACUCCGCGUCGGGAGCGCUUCAGAGACACACGGGCUUCGACGACAAACGUGGCAACGACACCCACGGACCAGACACCGUGUCCCAUUCCGAUCCAAGAUGCGUUGAGCAAUCUUGUCUCAAGCCUCGUGACUGCGCUCUGUGGGAUGUGCAUCGCGCGAUUGCAAACAUCCAACGCCAGUGAGAACGCCAUCGGCGCGAAAGUUCGUGACAUAGUCGGAUCAUUGGCUUUCGCCAUUCAACGAGACAUUGAGACGAAACCACUGCCGCAAGGAGCUCACGGACCGACGUAUCGAUCCCUCCGUCGCGCAUAUGUUCUGCUCGGCGACUACGUGCUGCGCUGCGGCGAAGAGUCCUCGGAGGUCAUCAGUGACCGUGCCUCGAUCUCAAGACGAAGUUUCGAAACAUUCUUUCAGUCAUUGGCUGCUCAACAUGACACUGUCAAAGAGUUGGCGGAGCUUGUGCGACAGGUGUUUCACUGCUGCGGGCAAGUGCGCAAGGGCGACAAGUCCCGGACACCAAUCGAGGUUCAUUCCAGAGUUUCUCAGCUGGCUCAGUUGACGAAUGGAAACGGCGUGUCUUUACUGUUGGGCAAGGUAGCGGCAGAGACAGCGAUGGGGUUAGCGGAAACGACCCUGGAUCCGGAUGACCACGUCUGGGCCAUGGAGGUUCAAGAGCAGGUUCUUACAACAGAGCGCAGCCUCAAGACAGUCCAGCAUGAAACGUCCAGACGGGCAGGUAGCACUGGAUUAUUUCGAUGGGAGGAUAGCAUUGGCGAAUGGGUGGCGAGCACUCCGGCGCCCAAACCCAAGACACAUGUGGACUUGAGGUCCAAACGUGUCGAGACACGGUCGCAGCAGCCGCCGACUAUACCAUGUUCCACCAGUAGUACCUCCCCCAGCUCUACCAACUCCCGACACGCUGCUUCAAGCAUAACGUCAUCGGCGCCAUCUAUCACCACCAAGCGGGCGUGCGCCCCAGCAGGCCGCAGCAAUCCAAGAUCACCGAAAAGGCUUCGAUCGACCCCUCGGGAAGAAUAUGCAAAGGAGGCACAGGAAUCGCCCCUUCUUCACUCGGGCCUCUUGUCUACGUCGUUAUCUGAGUCAGAUCGCACCCCGAUAGCCGCCCGCACCAGAACUGCCCGUGCCUUGAAGGAAUUGGUACAUGCAAAGAAUCGGCCGGUGCGGGGGAUGCGUCCAGAGGGAAGUCCAACUCAGAUCGAGGUGGUCAUCAUCAACAAGAAAAGUGGUCUUCUGUCGAGCGGACCGACCGUUCAAUACUCCGAGCCCCUUAGUCUGCGUACCCGUUCGGCUCGUGCGAGGAUGUCUCUUCCCGGCACCAAAUCAGAGGUUGAGGAGUCCUUCAAGGCGGCUACGGUACCACGUAGCCUACCUCUUCGACGGACGCGUAGGGUGGUAUCUCGUACUACUCAGGACGAUAGCGAGGAUGAGUUGAGUUUCCUAUAA